AUGCUUUCAUUGAAUGAAUUUUGUAUUGCUCUCUUCCUCAUGGAGAGACACAGGGAAGGCCACUCUCUUCCAAAGGCACUUCCAUCUGGCAUUUUGUUUGAGAAGACACCAGUGAAAAUAGUAGUGAUACUCCUUGUGUUGAGGUGGGUUGACAUUUUUUUGUUUGCUAAUGAAGACUUUUCUUAUCCAUCAGGAGCAAAAGAAGAAGGUUUAGUGAAGGAAAGUGACAGCACCCCAACUUGUAUGACAUCUGUUAAGAGGAGGGGAUCAGCAGGUGUGGUGGAAUCCUUAAUACUUUUGAAAUCACAUGACAAUAUGCAUGCUCCAUUUACUCAGAGCUUCUCCGGGCAGUUAGAGAAGGACAUCUUAUCUUCAGAGCUGCAGCUGACACUCUUAACCAGACUAGCAUUGGCAGUGAACAAGCUACCGGGUGAUAUGGAAAUAAUCCAAGAUGUAAAACGGAUUUGUGUUGUAUUCGAAAAUGUGGAGAAGCUGCUAACACUUGGUAGUGACAGUGGGAAUCAAUGGAGUCACCAACAGGGGGAGAUUGAGACUCAUAGGAUUCUUCUAAGUGACAAAAUUCAAUUUUACUGGGAAAAGAAAACAUUGAAAAUUAAAAGAAUUGUGUUUGGUUUGCUUUAUUUGACAGGGAAGAAGGAGUACAAUCGGGGUUGUGAAAUUGAUGGGAAAGAAGAAAAGAAACAAAAGGUGUUGCUGCCCUUGAUGUUAAAAUUGUGUAGAAGCAUUUCUUAUGUUGCAGUUGCUGCUCAUGCAGAUCAGACUAGCAGGAGGAAAUUAGCACUUUUCCAGGUUCCUUUGUUUCUAGGCAUUGGGGAAGAAGAUACAGCCCUGACUAAGGCAACUGAAAGUGGCGAUACUGAUCUUGUUUAUCUUGUUCUCUUUCAUAUAUGGCAGAAGAGACCAACAUUGGAAUUAUUUGGAAUGAUACAAGCUAGACCUAUUACGCGCGAUCUAUUCAUACGGGACUCAAGAUAUCAUAUUUUGGCAUGGCUAGAAGCUUUGGAGGAAACGAGACUCAAGAAAAAGUAA